AUGGAUUACUUAAAGCCGUCUAAGAAGACAGAGAAGAUUGAGCAAAAAAAACCCUUAUCCAAGAGAUCGCCAUCUAUUUUAGUAACUGAUUAUAGGUCUAAUAGAACUAGGAAAAGUGCACCGUUCGCUGGCCAUGCAGCUGACUCGAACUCGAAUUUAGAACAAGUAAGGAAGAAUCUUUCAUCAUAUUCGGGAGGAUAUAAAAGUACAUGGAACCGGAAUCUUUCAAAUAAUAGUAGUGCCGCUAAUGGUAAUGUUUUUGGAAAUAAACCUUUUAAAAAAAGCUUUGCCAGCGUUAAUAAUGGUCGUAAAAGUAGAAGAGGCUCUCAAGGGCGUUUUAGUGAUAUUUCAAUCGACAAUAUCCUUCAAGAUACCUCAGAAAUUCCAUCUGCUAGAAGAGAGGAAAGAUCCUCGGGUUCUUCUUAUGAAAGAUUCUCAAUGUUUGAUGAUCACCUGAGAUCAUCGUAUUACAAUUUUUCAAAGACAAUUACUCCAUUGCCCCCUAGAACAUCAAAGACAUCUCAAAAAUUAGUAUUGAUACCCGAAGAGCCGGACUCAAGGUCGAAUUCAUUAGGAAGACCACGGUCUACUUCAUCACUAAGAGCAUAUCCAAGAGGAGAUCGAAGUAGAUAUGGUAUUAAAGCCAAAGCAAGACUACCGAGACUUACGGCUUACCAUUUAUCUGAAGGUUUGAAUUUAAAGUUAAUGAGUAAAUUCUUAAAAAAAUAUCAUGAAGUCUCUCCGAGAUUAUACGAUGAAUGUCUCUAUGUCGCUUAUACUCUACCUCUAUUACCUGGUAAAGAUGGUUAUAGAAUUAAAUCUAAUAUAUCUAAAAAAGUAAUUGGUGGUAAAACAUUAAUUGAUAAAAUGAUCGAUGCAAGUGAACAGCGUGAUCAUCAUUAUGAAUAUUAUUCAGGUGUUGAAGUAUUAGAAGAUGCCAAUAAUAAUUAUGAGUUAUCAACAAAUCCAGUCCAGGCUGAUACUGAUAUAAAUAAUAUACCUGAUCAUCUACCGAAUACUAUGGCAAAUACAGAUAAUUUUAAUCCAAGUGAACCACAAUAUUUUGCUGAAGAGACACCCAGUGAGCAAAAACUACGUGAGCAAGAAGAACAAUUGGGCUUGAUUGCAAAUUCUACAAUAACUACUAGUUCAUCCAGUGAAUUGAUAACUGGGAAAAGUCAGCAUGCAGAGAUAUUUAUUUUUAGAUAUGGGGUAAUAGUAUUUUGGAAUUUCACUGAAGCACAAGAAAAAAAUAUUUUGGGAGAUAUAGCAUUCGCCGAUUAUAAAGAUUUAGUUAUUAGGCCAUUAGAUGAACAGGAUAUAGAAACCGAAGAAUUUCAUUUUGAAUAUGAUGCAGAUACUGAGAGACCAAGAAUUUUCAAUGACGUCAUAACUCUGCGCUCUGGGGAUCAUAUCAUCAAACUCACACUAUCCCAUUCAAUAGCUCAAUCAUCAAAAUUAUCCAGAUUUGAAUCACGUUUAGAGCCUCUCUUGAAUUCAGUAACAAAAUUACCCAAGAGGCUAGCCUUAUAUGGUACACUAGGGCUGACUAGACAACAGCUUUUAAAAAAAUCUGGUAAAUUAUUUAAGUUAAGAGUAGAUGUUAAUCUUUCCUCUAGUGUAUUGGACACUCCGGAAUUUUUCUGGACAUUUGAACCAAGUUUACAUCCUCUAUAUGUUGCGAUGAGGGAAUAUUUGGAAAUAGAUGAAAGGGUUCAGGUUGUUAAUGACCGUUGUAUGGUUUUAUUAGAAUUUUUUAAUAUAUGUGUCGAUUCAGUAGCGGAACGUAACAUUGCUCGUGUUACUUGGUGGUUUAUUAUUGUAUUAAUUUUAGGCGUUUUGUUUUCUUUGACAGAAAUAUUAAUUAGGUAUCUAAUUAUUCAACGACAUCAAUAA